AGACGAAGAAAACGAAGAAAGAAGAAGAUUAACGUCAAAAUGGCUGCUGUCACUGACUCCGAAACAGAGGUGUUCGAGAUCACAGAUUUCACCACAGCAUCUGAGUGGGAAAGGUUUGUGUCCAGGGUUGAGGAAGUAUUAAAUGAAUGGAAGCUAAUUGGAAACUCUACCGGGAAGUCAGCCAAACAACUGGGUGACUAUACAAGUGGAACUUGGGAGGAGAGAUCUCAGGAGAUUAAUUUUGUGGAUUUUAAAUUCUCCAUAACCCACUACGCAUUGGUGCAAGAGCAUGAGAACAAUGCAAAUCAUGAAGUGGAGGAAGAAACACUGCUGCCUCCUGGAUCGGAGGACUUCCCACCUACCUUUCCCUUCGCAAUGCAGGACCUUUUGUCCACUAGUAAUGACUUCCCUCCUCGAGCUCACUGCUUGGUCAGAUGGUACGGAAUACGAGAGUUUAUCGUCAUAUCCCCAGGAGCCAAUGUCGAGGCUAUCAUCAGCGAGUCCAAAUGUAAUUUGCUUCUAAGCUCCAUCUCAGUUUCUCUGGUCAACAGUGGCUGCCAAGUCCCCAUGUUUGUGCAGAUCCAGCAAAAAUGGAGGCGACUAUAUUCUGGUGAAUGCCAAGGACAUGGUGUCCACACUGAAUUUGAGAUGGUACACCUUCGUAAGGUACCAAGUCAGUACAACCACCUGUCUGGUCUACUUGACAUCUUCAAAUCAAAGACCGGAUGUACCAUAUACCCCUUACCUCCAAUCAACAUUGCGAUCCGUUUUACCUACAUUCUUCAGGAUUGGCAGCAAUAUUCUUGGCCACUGCAACCUCCAGACUUUGACAGCCUUCUUGGAGGUGAGGUUGGAGUGGAGGAGUUUGGGAAUCUUCCGUUUGGUGCAUGUGAAGAAACAAUCAGUGAGCUUCAUCUUUCAACCACUUGGCCUGACUUGACAGAAGGCACAGUUUUGGACAAUGAUGUCUACAGUGACCUGGACCCUCUCCAUGCGACUCAUUGGUCACUCAGAGUCAAGACCGUUGAACAUCCUCAGUGUUUACUGGGUGACUUACUGACAUACCUGUUUAAGAUACGGGGGAGAAAAGAGACAGCAGAAGAGAUACUUGGAAGAGGAUCGGCUGAGGAGGAGGGAAAAGAUAUAACUGACAUCAGCUCUGCAUUAUCAAAGCUGACAGAGCCCACUACACCAGUGCCAAUGUCCAAAAUCUCUGUUUCCAGCAUCGUGAAUAACGCUCGAAGGCACAUUCAACGGCACAGACUUAUUGAUGAGUGCCCACUUGGCGCAGAUAUACUUAAUUCUGUUCUUCAGUAUCUUUUUCCAGAUGCUGCUGUGGAUAAGACAGAAAAUAAAACUGCACAAACACAUAGCUAUGGAAAGCCUGCAAAAGAUCAAAAUACUGAUGAACUUUUUAUUCAGUUGAAGUCGGCACCAGUUGAAAGUCUGACGCAUCGGCUGGCACUGUGCAUAUGUCUCGUCAACUACUACCAUGGUGGGCUGCGGGCAGUGACCUACCUCUGGCAGGAGUUUGUCCUCGAGUUGCGAUACCGCUGGGAGAACAAUUACCAAAUCUGUGGAUUGCUUGGCGAAGAGCCACCUGAUCUUCGCUGUUGUCUUCUGCAUCAAAAGUUUCAGAUGCUGAAUUGCUGCAUGAAGAGGAAGCAAGCCAGAGAUCACAUUUGCAAGACCCCUGAGAGAAGCAAAGAAAUUGCCGUGCAGAACAUCGACCAAUUGACAGAAUUUACAGGAGCGACUUCAUCCACACAAAUAGCUGCUGUGUCACCUGGGAAAUCCUUGGACUCUUGGAGUGACAGUGAAGAAGAGUUCUUUGAAUGUUUGAGUGAUCAGGGGGACACUGAGUCUCCAUGUAUUAGAAGGGAAAAAGAUGGCACUAAAACGAGAGCAGAGGGCAGGAUGCACCCCUAUAACAACAUGACCCUUCUGAACUCUUCGGAGCUUCUCUUUAUUCCUGUGACACAAGAACCUGCUCCCAUGACCGAAGAUUUAUUAGAGGAGCAGUCAGAAAUACUUGCAAAACUGGGAACAUCAGCCGAAGGUGCCCAACUUCGUGCUCGGAUGCAAAGUGCCUGUCUUCUCUCUGACAUGGAGUCUUUUAAGGCAGCCAACCCAGGUUCUGUUCUUGAGGACUUUGUCCGCUGGUACUCCCCGAGGGAUUUUGUGGAGGAGGAGAUGGUCAACGAGAAGGGUCAAACAGUGUUGACAGGCCAGCUUAGUCCAAGAAUGAAGAUCCCGGGUAACAUCUGGGUCGAGACUUGGGAAAAUGCUCGGGCUGUACCUGCAAAUCGCCAGAGAAGGCUUUUUGAUGAUACCAAGGAAGCAGAAAAGGUCUUGCAUUAUUUGGAAGUGCAGAAACCUGCAGACCUGACUUGUCAUCUCCUGCCAUGCAUAAUACAUGCUGCAAUUUUGAAGUUGAAAGAGGAAGAGGCAUUUGACAACAUACCAGCUGUCAAAAAAAACAUCCAGAAAGCUACGGUUCAAGCAAGCAAGCUACUGCAACAGUUCAACCCUGACGCAAGUAAUUUAGAGGAUUGCAUUGAAUUUUUGAUUGCCUUGGAGAUGGUCAUCGCCCAGUUUCGGUCUCUCAAGACAAAAUUUGGUAUUGCUGAGAAUGCGAAUGAAGAAGAAACAGAGGAACUAAGACAUUUUCUGAAAUCUCUGCUGGAAGAGCCAGAAGUUGGGGUGAGCGGAGCUGGUCAGGGAAGGGUUGGUGGCAUCAUCCACAGGCUGUUUGUGAAUGUCCAAGAGACUGCCAUCCUGGAUAAGGAAACUGGACAGAGAAAGGAAGAAGAAAUGAAGCAGACUGAAGGAGACACCAAGACUCAAGACUUCCCUUCGCCAGCAGGCCGGGAGAUUUUGUUGCGUACAUGUAUCCCUCGACCAGCACCGUAUUCCAAGGCUCUUCCUCAACGACUUUUCUGUGUAUUGAUGAGAGACGAAUUUAGACUUGUUGGGGCCUUCUCCUCUGACACAUCUUUCUUUUAAUCCCUUAAACUACAGCAUUACAAUGACACUUGAACUUCAUAUUUUUAAAAUGGAAGCAAUUCAAUUCAUGCAUUACAUGAAAUUAUUCACAGUAUUUAAUUUUCCACCAUGGCCCACCUGUCAAUUUUUUUUUUUUUUUUAGUUGCAGUUGUUACUAGUGUAUGUAGUAUUGCAAAUAAAUAACUGUAGCGACAAUACACCAAAUAAUCUUUUUGAGGGCCAAAAACCUGAAAAUAGUUUGCAAUGAAAACAGUGAGUAGGAUGCACGUACAUUAUGCAUUGCUGUCGAGGCGUGGGGUCAUGGGGCACGGGGUUCACCGGAGCAGCAGCAAAAUCACAAAUAAACUUAAAUGACACACUGACUAGUGCAGACAAUUUGAAUUUCAAUACUUAUAGUUUGGAUCCAUAUUAACACAUAGAUUCUCAACCUUCUGUAUAUGCAUAAUUUUGUCAAUGUAUUGUAAAAUCUUCCAACAUUUACAUUUUUUAAAAGCCUUUUGUCUGGAUCGACAAAAUUGAAUGGAUCUCUGUAUAGCCGAUUGUCUAAUCUUGCAUCAUCAUGACUCCUUGGUGGAAGUUUAAAAAAAUUGUGGUGGAAAUAAAAAAUUUGAAAAAAAAUCUGUUUCAA